AUGACGGCGGUACCUAUUGGCAUCAUGAAGUCUCUGCCCCAGUUGGCUGUCAAGGGCUCCCAGGCUGGCGUCGUAAAGGAUGACAGCCGUGUGGUUGUGAGUGAGUUUCCCGUCGACGAGGACUCGACUGCCUUUGAAGAAAAGACGCUUUCUCGCAAGGACACGGCUGCCACGACCACGACCGAGGUGGCAUCUCCCACUUCCUUGACACGCACGACUACUAAUGGCAGCUCGCACCCCGAGUCGCGUGUGGCCGAGGUUGUCCACUACGUCAAGGGCCUGUUCUCCAAGCUCGGCGACUACGAGGUUAAUAUGCUGCGCCAGGCCGACCUGGAGACGUACUUGCAGUACAUUGCCGACGAGCGCCUCAUCCACAUGCCGCGCAAGGGCAGUGACUGGGAUCGUGUUCUUCGCACGGCUCAGUUCUUUGGCCUUCAAAUCUGGCGUUUUGGCGAGAAGGUCGGCAAAUUUGCACCCGAGAGCCGCGCGGCGGCCGGCUCUGCUCUUGCCAGUUGCCACCUGCUUCUUGAAGUAUGA